AUGGAGCAGCUAUCAGAUGAAGAAAUUGACCAUGGAGCUGAAGAAGACAGUGACAAGGAAGAUCAGGACCUGGACAAAAUGUUUGGAGCCUGGCUGGGGGAGCUGGACAAGCUCACUCAGAGUUUGGAUUCUGACAAGCCCAUGGAACCAGUAAAAAGAUCUCCUCUUCGCCAGGAAACAAACAUGGCCAAUUUUUCUUAUCGCUUCUCCAUAUACAACUUGAAUGAAGCUCUGAAUCAGGGAGAAACUGUGGAUCUGGAUGCCCUGAUGGCCGAUCUUUGCUCAAUAGAGCAGGAGCUCAGCAGUAUCGGUGCAGGAAAUAGUAAGCGUCAAAUCACAGAAACAAAAGCCACUCAGAAGUUACCUCCUAGCCGACAUACAUCAAAACAUGGCACCUUGAAAGGACUGUCUUCUUCGUCUAAUAGGAUAACUAAACCAUCGCAUGCCAACUACUCCCUGGAUGACAUCACUGCACAGCUAGAACAGGCCUCCUUAAGCAUGGAUGAGGCUGCCCAGCAAUCUGUACUAGAAGAUGCUAAACCCUUAGUAACCAAUCAGCACAGACGAACAGCAUCUGCAGGCACAGUGAGUGAUGCUGAAGCACGCUCUGUUAGUAACUCCUCUCGUUCCAGCAUCACUUCUGCAGCCUCCAGCAUGGACUCUUUGGAUAUCGAUAAAGUAGCGCGCCCUCAAGAGCUGGAUUUGACACAUCAGGGGCAGCCAAUUACUGAACAUGCUAUUUCUCUGAGAUGUCCCAGCAAGCAGGCCAAGCGUCAUAUUGACUUCACAGAAGAACAGGCUGAGCUGACACCUCAUUCCUAUCUGGACAGGGAAACCUCCCUUCUUCUGAGAAACAUUGCAGGAAAACCUGCCCAUUUGCUGACCAAGGAAGAACAGGCUGCAAAAUUGAAAGCUGAGAAGAUCAGAGUUGCCCUAGAGAAGAUUAAAGAGGCACAAGUGAAAAAGCUGGUGAUUAGAGUCCACAUGUCUGACGAUAGUUCUAAGACAAUGAUGGUGGAUGAGAGGCAGACAGUGAGACAAGUGCUGGAUAACCUGAUGGACAAAUCCCACUGCGGGUAUAGUUCAGACUGGUCGCUGGUGGAAACCAUCUCUGAGUUACAAAUGGAGAGAAUUUUUGAAGACCAUGAAAACUUGGUUGAAAAUCUUCUUAAUUGGACGAGAGAUAGCCAAAACAAGCUUAUAUUUAUGGAGCGUAUAGAAAAAUAUGCACUUUUCAAAAACCCACAGAAUUAUCUUCUCGGGAAAAAGGAAACAGCUGAGAUGGCAGAUAGAAACAAAGAAGUGCUUUUGGAGGAAUGUUUCUGUGGAAGUUCUGUAACUGUACCAGAAAUCGAAGGCGUCCUGUGGUUGAAGGAUGAUGGCAAGAAGUCCUGGAAGAAGCGCUAUUUUCUCCUGCGAGCGUCUGGGAUCUACUAUGUCCCAAAAGGGAAAGCAAAGGUGUCUCGGGAUCUGGUGUGCUUUCUCCAGCUGGACCAUGUCAAUGUUUACUAUGGACAAGACUUUCGGAACAAGUACAAAGCUCCUACAGACUAUUGCCUAGUGCUGAAGCACCCACAGAUCCAGAAGAAGUCUCAGUACAUCAAAUACCUUUGUUGUGAUGAUGUGAGGACCCUGCACCAGUGGGUCAGUGGCAUCCGCAUUGCAAAGUACGGGAAGCAGCUCUACAGGAACUAUCAGGAGGCCGUGAAGAGGACGGAGUCAGCUUAUGAUUGGACUUCCUUAUCCAGCUCCAGCAUCAAAUCAGGGUCCAGCUCCUCCAGCAUCCCAGAGUCUCAGUCGAACCACUCGAAUCAGUCUGAUAGUGGUGUGUCUGACACGCAGCCGGCAGGCCACGCCCGCUCCCAGAGCAUCGUGAGCUCCGCCUUCUCUGAGGCCUGGAAGCGAGGCACACAGUUGGAAGAGUCCAGCAAGGCCAGAAUGGAGUCCAUGAAUAGGCCCUACACUUCACUGAUGCCCCCUUUGUCCCCACAGCCUAAGCUGGUCACCCCCUACACUGCUUCCCAGCCUUCGCCGCCUCUCCCGCCCCCGCCCCCUCCACCGCCCCCACCCCCACCCCCGCCUCCCCCACCGCCCCCGCCGCUGCCCAGCCAGUCAGCACCGUCGGCCAGCUCAGCGGCUCCGGUGUUUGUCAAGUACAGCACGAUAACCAGGCUGCAGAACGCGGCUCAGCAUCCGGGGCCCCUGUUUAAGCCGCCCCCGGCCUCCACCGCACAGUCGGGAAAGCCUCAGAUCCUGGUGCCCCCCAGCGGCGUGGUGCCCCCGCCCCCACCCCCGCCCCCGCCCCCCACGCCUGGCUCGGCCAUGGCCCAGCUGAGACCCGCGCCCUGCGCCCCCGCCCCGCCCCUGAAGAUUCAUCACCUUCAGCACGGUACUCCAGCGGCUCCUCCGACACCCCCGCCACCACCUCCCAUUCCUGCACCCCUCCCUCCCCAGGCUCCCCCCAAACCCCUUGUGACCGUGCCCCCACCAACCAGCACCAAGCCUGUGCCACCCUCUGCGACACAAGCUGUGCCACCCACACCUACUCCUCCAGUGCCCCCAGCAAAAAAGCAGCCCGUUUUUCCUGUUUCCCACGUGCCGCCCUCUCCCCCCGCCCCCCCUAGUCCAGUCCCCCCACCCACGUUGCCCAAGCAGCAGAGCUUCUGUGCAAAACCGCCUCCCUCCCCGCUGUCCCCGGGGCCCUCGGUCGUGAAGCAGAUCGCCAGCCAGUUCCCGCCCCCUCCCACCCCGCCUCCGGGGGAGCCGCAGGCCCCGAAGCCCACCUCCGCCAGUGCAGCCCCGCAGUCCCCUCCUGCUGUGAAAGCCAAACCCAAGUGGCAGCCCGGCGCGGUGCCUGUCCCGUCCCCGGACUUCCCGCCCCCGCCUCCCGAGAGCAGCCUGGUGUUCCCUCCCCCUCCUCCCCCGGCCCCGGCCCCGCCCCCGCCGCCGCCCGCAGCUUCGCCCGCCCCGGACAAGGACAAGAGCGGGUCCCCAGGUAGAAAGCCCGGCAAGACGGGCAGCCCGGGGGCCAAGAAGCCGCCCCCGACGCCGCAGCGCAACUCCAGCAUCAAGUCGAGCGGCUGCGCGGAGCAGCCCGAGCCCAGGAGGCCCUCGGUGGACAGUCUGGUCAGCAGGUUCGCGCCGCCUGCAGAGCCCUCGGGGUCUCCCGGCAGAGAGCCCCCGCCGCCCCCUGCCGCGCCCCCCAAGCCGGGGAAGCUCCACCUGCCCGGCGGCCCCCUGCCCGGGACCCUCCCGCAGGGGCCGGCGGCGGCGGCGCCCCUGCCGAGCGGGCGCGGGCGGGACCCCGGGGCGGAGUUCCCCUCCCCGCCCCCCGAGGCCGACUUCCCGCCGCCGCCGCCCGAGGGGGAGCUGCCCCCGCCCCCCGCCGACGUGCCGGCCGCCUUCCCGGGCAGCGCCUCGCCCAGGGUGGCGGUCGUCCCGCCGCAGCCGCAGUCGCAGCCGCAGCCGUGGGCCCAGGCGGCCGCGAGGAAGGCGCCCCCGCCCACGCGGCCCAAGCGCAACGACAGCACCCGCCUCACGCGCGCCGAGCCCGCCGCGCGCGCCGAGCCCGGCUCGCCCAAGGCCGGCCUCGGCGUGCGGCCCGCCUUCCUGGCCGACCUCAGCCGGACCCUGCAGCGCAAGUCUGUCACGCGGCACGGCUCCCUGUCCUCCGCGCGCGCCGCCAGGCCCGAGCCCACGGCCACCAUGGACGACAUGGCGCUGCCGCCGCCGCCCCCGGAGCUGCUGUCCGAGCCGCAGAAGGCUGCCUACGGCGGCGGCCACCUAGCGGGCUACGCCACGCUGCGGAGAGGGCCGCCGCCCGCGCCGCCCAAGAGAGACCAGAGCACCAAGCUCUCCAGGGACUGGUAGCCGCCUGGCGGCCGCUGCCAGACUCUCUCUCUGAGUCCCGGUCGGCUCACCCGAUCGAUCGGCGCUCAGCUCCCGUGUUCACAGCCUCCUGGGAUGAUGCUGUCGUUCAGGAAGUGUCCGGCGGUGUGUGCGUGCG